AGGGGAGGGUGCGGGGAAAGGAAAUAGUUCGCGGAGCGGCGUCCUGCCUGCGCUAGCGGCGGCAUAGGCGGAGGCAGGGAGGAGAGGAGGGCGGAGGAGGCGGAGGAGGCUGCGGCAGAGAAGAAAGUGUCAGAGCCGGUUCGGCUUUAGAGUGUAGUGAAGGAUACUUUUCAUGGUGCAUGGAAGGAAAGCCAAUGCGCAGCUGCUGUAUUUUGGAUGUCAUAAUGUUUGGGGCUGAAAGUCACACAAAGUCUUGAUGCAGCCCGGCUUCAUCACUGGAAUAAUUUUUUUACUGCAAGACCAGAGGUGUACCAACAUUCGCCCAGGAGAGACUGGAAUGGACGUAACAAGCCGCUGCACCCUUGGAGACCCCAACAAACUGCCAGAAGGGGUUCCCCAACCCGCCCGUAUGCCCUAUAUCUCAGACAAGCACCCUCGGCAAACCCUGGAAGUGAUUAAUCUACUGAGAAAGCACCGGGAGCUAUGCGAUGUGGUGCUAGUUGUGGGCGCUAAAAAGAUAUAUGCUCAUCGAGUCAUUUUGUCAGCCUGUAGUCCCUACUUCCGAGCUAUGUUUACUGGAGAAUUGGCGGAGAGCCGUCAGACAGAGGUCGUGAUCAGAGACAUAGAUGAGAGGGCCAUGGAGCUUCUGAUUGACUUUGCAUAUACCUCCCAGAUAACUGUGGAGGAAGGCAACGUUCAGACCCUUUUGCCAGCUGCCUGCCUCCUCCAGCUGGCAGAAAUACAGGAAGCCUGCUGUGAAUUCUUAAAGAGACAAUUAGAUCCUUCUAACUGCCUGGGCAUUCGGGCUUUUGCUGACACACAUUCUUGCCGUGAGUUGCUGAGGAUAGCAGACAAGUUCACUCAGCAUAACUUUCAAGAGGUAAUGGAGAGUGAAGAGUUCAUGUUACUUCCAGCCAAUCAACUCAUUGAUAUCAUCUCUAGUGAUGAGCUGAAUGUUCGAAGUGAAGAGCAAGUGUUCAAUGCAGUGAUGGCGUGGGUCAAGUACAGUAUUCAGGAAAGACGCCCUCAGUUGCCCCAGGUGCUACAACAUGUCCGUUUGCCCUUGCUUAGUCCCAAGUUCCUGGUGGGCACAGUAGGCUCUGAUCCUCUCAUUAAAAGUGAUGAAGAAUGCAGAGACUUGGUGGAUGAGGCUAAAAAUUACCUCCUGUUGCCUCAAGAACGACCACUAAUGCAAGGACCAAGGACAAGACCACGGAAACCUAUCCGAUGUGGAGAAGUACUCUUUGCAGUUGGUGGUUGGUGCAGUGGAGAUGCCAUUUCCAGUGUUGAACGAUAUGAUCCUCAGACCAAUGAAUGGCGAAUGGUAGCUUCAAUGAGCAAAAGGCGAUGUGGAGUUGGGGUCAGUGUUCUUGAUGACCUAUUAUAUGCAGUAGGAGGCCACGAUGGAUCCUCUUACCUAAAUAGUGUUGAAAGAUAUGACCCCAAAACAAACCAAUGGAGCAGUGAUGUGGCCCCUACAAGCACCUGCAGGACCAGCGUGGGGGUGGCCGUCCUCGGAGGCUUCCUAUAUGCUGUGGGGGGCCAGGAUGGUGUGUCUUGCCUCAACAUUGUUGAGAGGUAUGACCCAAAGGAGAACAAGUGGACUCGGGUAGCGUCAAUGAGUACCAGAAGACUCGGCGUGGCUGUGGCCGUGUUGGGAGGGUUCUUGUAUGCCGUAGGUGGCUCUGAUGGGACAUCUCCACUCAACACAGUGGAGCGCUACAAUCCUCAGGAAAACAGAUGGCACACCAUAGCCCCUAUGGGGACCCGGCGGAAACACCUGGGAUGUGCAGUGUAUCAGGACAUGAUUUAUGCCGUGGGAGGGAGAGAUGACACCACAGAGCUCAGCAGUGCUGAGAGAUACAACCCCAGAACGAACCAGUGGUCUCCGGUGGUGGCCAUGACAUCCCGCCGCAGUGGAGUGGGCCUGGCCGUGGUCAAUGGACAACUUAUGGCCGUGGGAGGUUUUGAUGGCACAACCUACCUGAAGACUAUCGAAGUGUUUGACCCCGAUGCCAAUACCUGGAGGUUAUAUGGCGGGAUGAAUUACCGUCGGCUAGGAGGGGGUGUAGGAGUUAUUAAAAUGACACAUUGUGAAUCCCAUAUAUGGUGAAUAUGUAGAAGACUGUCUUGAACCUGCUUCUCUGUAUUCUGGAGAGCUCUGACUUUGAAGCUUUGUACAGCUUGAGAAAACAUUAGAACAAAUUUUAUUCUUUGCCGGUGCCUCAACAUAUGGGAAUGCAAAUCUGAUGACAGUGCUUCACCUGCAAGAUGCCACCUUUGCACAAUAAUUUCCAACUCUGUGCAGAAGAAUAUUUAUUUUUGGUUUUAACUUAUCAUGGUGUUUUGGUUUGGGGGUGUUUGGGGCUUUGUUUUUUUUGUUUUUUUUUUACUUAUUCUUCCUCCCAAGAAAAGAAGACAACGACUACAGUUCCAAGCAGCAAAACUUAACUUUGAUUUUUAAGGUAUUAACUUAAUUUUGAAAAUACAAAUACUGAUAAGGGCAGAAGGGCUAUUAUGGUCUGGUGGUCAUAUCUACUGGACACUCCAUCCAUGUCCUCCACCACUUACCAGGACUCCCAGUGACAGAGAUGGGAAUGCACAGUGUGUGAACUACUCGUCAUUCUCAUACUCAGCACCACAAGACUUGAAAAUCUAAAAUAAAAAGGAAUCAUCUCAUUAAAUAGUACAAUUCAGAAGGAAUAUUAAAUCGUCAAAAGCAGGAGUCUAAUGCUGCAGUUUUCAUCAGUGGAAGUUUUCGUCUUAUUUCCUUCUAAUGAACUUGUUUUCAACUCUAGUUACUAAAGUCUUUUUUUAUCAUAAUAUUCUCAUGGAGUUUCUGCUAGAUCUAUACUUUGAUCAGUGCCUCUUAUAAAAAUGGGAAUGCAUCUCAUUUGCUGUCUUGAGACCCCCCCCAACCACAUGCAGCUCUGCAAGAGUUUUCACUCACAGACUUACCAGUGGAAGCCACUUCCCUUGCUGUUUCCUCAUUGCUGCCCAGGAUGGCAGGGAGAAAUGUCCUCUCCCCAGCAGUGAAUUCUGUUGAGUAAUUUACCCUUGAUACUCAGGCCUGGUGAAGCUGAGGCUUACCUUUAAUAACAGCCUCCAAAGGAAUGAAGUCUUCAGUUCACAUAAUCAACUGAGGCAUUUUAUCAAUAUCUGGGUUCUUUUAUGCAAACUAUACAUCAUUAGCUUCACUCCAUAAGGCCACUGUAACUAUUUCUCUCAAAUUGCAUUUUCUGGUGAAAAGUUAAAAGUUUUUUAAGGAAAUAAAUGAUAUUCAGUGGUUAAAGUUUUUUUCCCUCAUUAUAUUCAUAGACCAAUUCUUUCAAUUAUUUUGCAGGAAAACCUUUGAAUAAGACUUUAACCGCACACUGGGCAUGGUGGUGCGCGUCUGUAAUCCCAGCUACUCGAGAGGCUGAGGCAGGAGGAUUGCAAGUUGGAGGCCAGCCUGGGCAACUUAGCAAGACCCUGUCUCAAAAUAAAAAGGGCUGUGGAUGUGGCUCAGUGGUGGAAUGCUUGCCUGGUGCAAGGUCCUGGGGUCAGUCACCAACACCCACAGCAAAAAAAAAAAAAAAAAGACUUUAACCACAACCAGAAGGAAUAACCUUUGCUUUCUCCUCUACAAUAAAAGAAUAAUCUUCACUUUCUCCCCUACAGUAAAAAGUUUGGCAACUUUUGUGUUUACAUUUAAAGAUCAUUUGCACCUUUUUCAAGGAAAAAAAAGUAUUUGGUAAACAAUUGUUUACAUGUAUCAUUUAUGCUUUUUUCUAGCAUGUAUAACUUUUUUAAAUAAAGGUAGUAUUUACCAUAAA